GAUCCUCCCACUAGAAGAAGAGCAGCUCGCUAGUCAUUUGCUGACCCGUGUUUGAGUGAGAGAGAGGAGCAGGAGGAAGACUGGCUUGCGUUAAGAGCUGACGAAGACGGACAGAUAACAAUACCGAAUACUUGGUCAUAUCUAUUCCCUCUCUGCUUUUGAGUUGCGCCGGUCGCUAAAAGUUCCCGUUUUGGAAGCCGUCCAAAAUGGGGUUCCGCAAAAAAACCAACAAGAACCCGCCGGUGUUGAGCCACGAGUUUAUCAUCCAGAACCAUGCAGAUAUUGUUUCCUGUGUUGCUAUGGUGUUCCUCCUCGGGUUGAUGUUUGAGGUCACCUCGAAGGUUGCAGUGCUGUUCAUCACUGUCCAAUACAACGUUACCAUCUCUGCAAAUGAAGGCCUAUCAGAGGAGAGCGUGGUGAACCACUUCCACCACGGGCUGAAGGAUCUGGCUACGAUCUUCUUCUACAUGCUGGUGGCCAUCAUCAUCCACGCUAUCAUCCAGGAGUAUGUACUGGAUAAAAUCAACCGAAAGAUGCACUUCUCUAAGACCAAGCACAGCAAGUUCAACGAGUCAGGCCAGCUCUCUGCCUUCUACCUGUUCUCCUUCGGGUGGGGAACCAGCAUCCUCAUGUCUGAGAACUUCCUGUCCAACCCAGUGAGUCUGUGGGAUGGAUACCCUCAUACCCUGAUGCCGUUCCAGAUGAAAUUCUAUUUUAUCAGCCAGAUGGGCUACUGGCUUCACGCUCUGCCUGAGAUCUACUUCCAGAAGACCAAGAAGGAGGAUAUUCCCCGACAGUUGGUGUAUAUCUCUCUGUACUUAGUUCACAUCGCAGGAGCAUACAUUCUCAAUCUGAAUCGUCUGGCUCUGGUCCUGCUGGUGCUGCACUGCUUCGUAGAGCUUCUCUUCCACGUGUCCCGCCUGGUCUACUUCAGCAACGAGAAGAGACAGACUGGGUUCUCCAUCUGGGCGGUGCUGUUUGUCCUUGGACGGCUGCUCACCCUGUCCCUGUCUGUCCUGACUGUGGGCUUCGGCCUGUCCAACGCUGAUCAACAGGGACUAGACCUGGCUAACGGGAACUUCAAUGUGCUCAUAGUUCGGAUCACUGUGCUGGCGACCAUCUGUGUGACUCAAGCCUUCAUGAUGUGGAAGUUCAUCAACUUCCAGCUGAGGAGGUGGAGAGAGCAGGCCCAGGUCCAGCCCGUGAAACCCAAGAAGCUCCAAGCUCCCAAGACCAAGUCCAAGAAAGACAAAGCCAAUGGAGUGAACGGAGUGAGUUCCAACGGAGCCGAUUCGCCGAGAGCAAAGAAAGAGAAGUCUUCGUAAACCACCCCCCCCCCCCCCCCACUCCCUUCUCAGUUCCUCCAACCAAUCCCCUUCAGGCAGCAUCCAGCCUUCUCAUUCCACUGCUCUGUAUGCUGUCUAUGGCCCAAUCCCAAAUCCAUCCCUAGACCCUUGUAGAGAUCUAAGAGGAAAUGAUUGAUUCAAGCAAUAUGGUGAAACUUCCACCUAGAAUAUCAGAGAGCCGAGUUGUACUAAGCCCAUAUUGAUUACACCUGUCAUAUAAUCUCAGAUCCCCUCAAGGGGGUUUCAUUUGGGACUGUUCAUCUACAACAGCUACUAAAGGAGGACAACUCCUUCCAACAGGACUACAAGAUCCAGAAUGCAUCUUGGCUUCAUCUGCUUGUUGCCAAUCUCCAGUGCUGACCAUUCCCAGAAUCAUUGUGACACUGCUGUGUCAUUAUUACAGCGAAAGAAAACCAUGAAAGAACAAAGAACUUAUUUAAAAGUGCCUAUUCAUAGACUGUACAGGAUGUGCAGAUUUAAAAUGUCAGGAAUGAUAUAAGCUCAGUAUUUCAGUAAACACGCCCCACCCCCCCAAGCCAGUUAUGUUAUUUAUCAGACUGUAUCCUGUGACAUGUUCUGUUUGUUUAACAAAAGGUCUUCUUGAUUCAGUCCCAUUUAUUUGGAACCGCCUGAGGAGAAAUGCACCUGCUGACCUUCUAUUUUAAAUGACCCCAUUUCCUGUAGUUUUUUUUGUGUGUGGGGGGGGGGGGGGGGGGGGGGUUCUUUUUUUUUCAUCAACACAGACAGGUUUCUAGAAUGGAUGGGUUUAAUUGGUUCAUUGGAAUGGAUGGGUUUAAUUGGUUCAUUGGAAUGGAUGGGUUUAAUUGGUUCAUUGGAAUGGAUGGGUUUAAUUGGUUCAUUGGAAUGGAUGGGUUUAAUUGGUUCAUUGGAAUGGAUGGGUUUAAUUGGUUCAUUGGAAUGGAUGGGUUUAAUUGGUUCAUUGGAAUGGAUGGGUUUAAUUGGUUCAUUGGAAUGGAUGGGUUUAAUUGGUUCAUUGGAAUGGAUGGGUUUAAUUGGUUCAUUGGAAUGGAUGGGUUUAAUUGGUUCAUUGGAAUGGAUGGGUUUAAUUGGUUCAUUGGAAUGGAUGGGUUUAAUUGGUUCAUUGGAAUGGAUGGGUUUAAUUGGUUCAUUGGAAUGGAUGGGUUUAAUUGGUUCAUCGGAAUGGAUGGGUUUAAUUGGUUCAUCGGAAUGGAUGGGUUUAAUUGGUUCAUCGGAAUGGAUGGGUUUAAUUGGUUCAUCGGAAUGGAUGGGUUUAAUUGGUUCAUCGGAAUGGAUGGGUUUAAUUGGUUCAUCGGAAUGGAUGGGUUUAAUUGGUUCAUCGGAAUGGAUGGGUUUAAUUGGUUCAUUGGAAUGGAUGGGUUUAAUUGGUUCCACCGUAUUGCUUUAACCUACCAGUUUGUGUGCUUCUCAAAUGGCACCCUAUUCCCUACAUAGUGCUCCACUAUUGACCAGAGAUGUAUGGCCUUGGUCAAAAUUAGGGUACUACAUAGGGAAUAGGGUCCCAUUUGAGUCGCAGACGUUCUUUCAGGACACUGGCAGUGGGAAUGAAGGAACGGGAAUGAGGAUAGGAAGCCAUUCUAGUGUAUUUUGACUUUUUGUUGUUGUUGCUUUUCAAGCCUUUUGCUUUGGUGCUGUAAAAAAGGCCUGACCCCUGUUGAGUUUUGUUAAUGCAUCCUGUGGCCUUUCCUUUGCUUUGCCAGUCAAUGGCAGGAUCAGUGGUCACUGUGAAGGGAGAAAAUAAUUAUUGGUGCUGCAUCCCAAAUGGCACCCUAUUCCCUAUAUAGUGCACAAGAGCCACUAUGGGAUCAGGUGAAAAGUAGUGCACUACAUAGGGAAUAGGGUGCCACUUUAGGAUGCACAACCCUAGUGAAAAAAAUGGUUGCCAUUGGCGAUUUGGCUGCCUUCAUUUGAGAGCCUGCAAAGCCAAAAUCUGUAGUUUUUUUAAAAAUAUAAGUGAUGAGGAUCCUAUCACAGAGGUUAUUAGAGGACAUAUUUAGUGUUAUUAAUAUUAGUGUUGUUUUCUUUGUUGGAGAAUAUGGAAUUGAGGCCUACUUUUUGGUCAACAAACCCGAGUGGUUUGUGUUUGUCACUGUCUGUUUCAAAUGGCAACCUAUUCUCUUUAUAAUGCUGUCCUGUGUCCAGUAGAGUACCUAAGGGCUCUGGUCUAAAGUAGUGCACUAUAUAGGGAAUAGGGUGCCAUUUGGCUCUGGUCUAAAGUAGUGUAUUAUAUAGGGAAUAGGGCUCUGGUCUAAAGUAGUGUACUAUAUAGGGAAUAGGGUGCCAUUUGGGACUGUAUUUUGUCUCCUUUUGAACGUUCAUGGGAAUAUAAUUUGAUGUUAUGAAUAAGGAAAUGUUGUGUUUUUCCAUUUUAUCCCUCUAUUUUACUUUAACUGAACGUGCCAAAUCAGAGCUCUCACCAUGACGGGAUCUUUCUUUCCUUUAACAUGCUCACUCGUUGCCAUUAAAUAAUUUACACGGAAA